AUGGCAGGCAACUUCUUCGCAGAGUGGCUGUGGCGCCGACCAGCAGCUUUACUCGGCUUCCAGAAACGCUACAACUGGCCAUUGUUCUUCAUCUUCGCCGGCGCACUUGUUGGCUUCUCACUAGCAAGACUCCAAUACCUCAGUCCAAGCAUAUACGCGACAAGUUCCUCUCCGGGCGAAUGGUACUGGCAGCGAGCCGGACAUUACCGGGUUGGCCUGUAUCUACACCUUGGCGCAAUCCUGCCAGCUGGCCUUCUGCUUAUCUGGCAAUUCGUGCCGGCAAUCCGACAUCGCGCCAUCAUCUUCCACCGUAUCAACGGCUACCUCGUGAUCACCCUCAUCAUGAUCAGCCACGUCGGCGCCCUGAUGAUGGUCCGACGUAGCUUCGGUGGCAACCUCGGUUUUCAGAGCACCAUGGGUCUCGCCGUGAUCUUGACCACCACCGCCAUCGUCCUGGCAGUGUAUAACAUCAAGAAACUCCAGAUCGACCAGCACAGAGCUUGGAUGCUGCGUGCUAUGGUGUACAUUGCUUUCAUGUUAGUCAUCUCCCUCUUUCCCAAUCCUAUUUGUCCCCCAAAGCUAACCACGCGCCUCCCCAGCAUCACCUUCCGCAUAAUCAUGAUCAUCAGCGCCGUCAUCAUCUCGGCCAUCGGCUCCUACAACACCACCAUGCUCUGCGGCGAAGUCGCCUUCAUCAACCGCGACGGUGCCAACAGCACAUACAUGGCCCUCCAAUAUCCCAGCUGCACCAACUCGGACGCCUCUCAGCCAGUCAUUGUCCACGCCAACCUCUCCGGCCCGUCGGGCGAAAACGCUGGCGCGAGUCUGCGCAUGUCAUCGGGUUUGGCGGCAUUUCUCGCGCUGGCGCUGCAUGUCAUUGGGGUGGAGAUCUACCUUAGGCUCACGCCCAGGGAGGGUGAGAGGUUGAGACAAGUGUCGGCGACGAGGCAGAUGGAGGCAGGCUACAAGCAGCCAGGGAGUGCGGGACUGGUGGUGCAGAGAUUUGGUGAUGCUGAGCCGUGGAUCAUGAGGGGGAAGGAGGUGAGCGCUGAUGAGGCAGCGGCGAUGAAGGCGAGGAAUGCGAGCGCGAACGGGGAUCUCAGUGCAUAG